GUCCGUAUGCCUCCCUCUUUCUUAGUUGGUGCCAAUAUAAAUAGAAACCCAAGUUUGAGGCUUUUCCCUUACCCUUGGAGUAGCUCUUUUUGGCUAGAGCCUCUUUUUAGUGUCUCUCACUUUCUUUGGGUGGUAGAGAGAGAGAGAGAGAGAGAGAGAGAGAGAGCUAUGGAGGAAGCGAGAGGAGGAGAGGAGAUUACAAAUGAGAUUUCCAAAAGCGAAGGAUGUUGCUCAGGAAUCUCUGUACAUUUCAUACAAAAGAUCAUUGCGGAGAUACUUGGUACAUAUUUCUUGAUUUUCGCCGGGUGCGGCGUGGUGGCCGUGGAUUUGAGCAAGGGGGGUGCCGUGACUUUUCCCGGUGUAUGCACCGUCUGGGGGCUCACCGUCAUGGUCGUGGUGUACUCUGUCGGGCACAUAUCUGGCGCCCAUAUCAACCCUGCUAUAACUAUCGCCUUUGCUUCUUGCGGAAGGUUUCCAUGGAAACAGGUGCCAAUGUACAUCAUAGCCCAGCUAGUGGGCUCGACACUCGCCAGCGGAACGGUGCGUUUGUUGUUCGGCGGCGGGCACAACCGCUUCUUCGGGACAAUCCCGACGGGGUCCAACGUCCAAUCUCUCGUCCUCGAGUUUAUCAUCACUUUCUUCCUGAUGUUCGUCCUCGCCGGAGUCGCCACCGACAAUAGAGCUAUUGGAGAAUUGGCUGGGUUGGCCGUGGGAGCCACUGUCCUACUCAAUGCGCUCUUAGCUGGGCAGAUAUCAGGACCGUCGAUGAAUCCCGCGAGGACCCUGGGGAAUGCGAUCGUGUUGCACCGGUACACCGGAAUUUGGGUGUACAUGGUGGGCCCCACUGCCGGGGCGGUCGCUGGAGCAUGGGCUUACAAUCUCAUCCGGUUCACCAACAAGCCCCUCCGGGAGAUCACCAGGAGUGGGUCAUUCCUCAAAACCCUGAGAAGAGAAUCAGAAUUUGAUGGAUCCAAUUAAUUCAUCUCAUUAAUAAAAAAAAUUAUCUUAUAUAUAUAUAAUUGAUUUAGAAUAUUUCUAAAAGUACCAAACUGUUAGUGCUUUUUUGAUUUCUAGCUCUUAGACGGAGAUGUUGAUGUUGUAGUUCUUAGAUGGAGAUCUAAGGAUUAGAAAUCUAAAAGCACUAAGAAUUGGUAUUUAUAUAUAUAUAUAUAUAUAUAUAUAUAGAAAGAGAGCGACUGGAUUAUGGUGUGACGUUGUUUGGUAUGUCUUAGUAAAAGAGCUUUGGCUACGUGUCAGUGGAUAUUUGGCUUAGUAGGAGAAUUUUAUCUCCUAAUAGAGUUUUGUUCUUUAUGUUAUAUGAACUAUCUUAUGAUUAUAAUAUAGUUUGGGUGGGCCGGUGUACUUAUUA